UGUCACUACUUUCUGAAGGCCCCGCCCAGUCCAACAGGAAGACAACAGACCUCUAGUGGGAUGCUAAUUUGAGGCUGCUGGCGCUAAUUAUACGUACAGUUUUCGUCCAAAGCCGACGCAGCUAUUAAAAUGCCAUUAUUUGAUGGGCUCGGAAGCGGAGGAGAGAAGACUGCGAUUGUCAUUGACUUAGGAGCAGCAUACACAAAAUGUGGCUUUGCAGGGGAAACGGGGCCCAGGUUCAUAAUUCCGAGCGAGAUCCGCAAACCGGGACAGCAGCAGGCAGUCAAAGUGGUUCAGUACAACAUCAAUACAGAAGAGCUUUAUGUCAUCCUCAAAGAGUUUAUCCACAUACUGUACUUCAGGCACCUUCUGGUGAACCCUCGCGACAGAAGAGUGGUCAUCAUCGAGUCCAUCCUCUGCCCAUCCCACUUCAGGGAGACACUCACAAAGGUUUUCUUCAAACAGUUUGAGGUGCCAUCUGUGCUAUUUGCUCCCAGUCACCUCAUGGCCAUCAUGACUUUAGGCAUCAACUCUGCACUCGUGAUGGACUGUGGUUACACAGAGACGCUGGUGCUGCCCGUUUGUGAGUGUACUCCUAUUUUGCCAGCCUGGGAAGCUUUGCCUCUGGGAGGAAAAGCCAUCCAUAAGGAGUUAGACAGCCUUCUCGUGGAACAGUGCACCGUGGACACAGACACAACCACAGGGCAGAGCAUACAAGCCGCCAUUGGGACUAUCCCAGAAGAAACAGUGGAAGACAUCAAGGUGAGAACAUGCUUUGUCAGUGACCUGCAAAGAGGCCUCAAAAUCCAAGAAGCCAAAUUUAACUUGGAUGGCACAGCAGAGCGGCCCGCCCCUCCUCCAGAUGUCGAUUACCCGCUUGAUGGAGAGAAAAUCCUGCAUAUCAAAGGAUCCAUCAGGGACUCAGUGAUGGAGAUUCUGUUUGAACAGGACAACGAGGAGAAGAGUGUGGCCACUCUGAUACUCGAUACUCUGGUUAAGUGCCCCAUCGACACCCGUAAAGUGCUCUCUGAGAACCUGGUGGUGAUCGGAGGCACCGCCAUGCUGCCCGGCUUCCUGCACCGCCUGCUGGCAGAGAUUCGCCUCCUGGUGGAGAAACCCAAAUACAGUAACGUGCUGGCCAGCAAGAGCUUCCGUAUUCAUUCUCCCCCUGCAAAGCCCAACUGCACUGCGUGGCUUGGAGGUGCCAUCUUUGGAGCCCUUCAGGACAUCCUAGGCAGCAGGUCGGUGUCACGGGACUACUACAACCAGAUGGGGCGCAUCCCAGACUGGUGCUGCUUGAGCUCCCCUCCUCCUGAGUCUUUGUAUGAAGCAGGAAAGACCCCUCCUCCACUAAUGAAGAGAGCCUUCUCCACAGAGAAGUAGAAUAUAUUAAUUCCAACAUUUCAGUAAUCUGUAACAUAACAUCACAACACUUGAAGUUCACGUGUUAACGACACAAACAGCUCAACGUGUUUUUAAUGUCAGGUCAUCAACCUUACAGUUAUUGUAUGUGUUUUUAUUUGACUGUUUGAUCAGGCGAGCAGAGUUGUGUCCUAAAAAGAAAACAGCAGAUGUUUGGAUUUUUCAGCAUUUGGAAUAUUUUUGCACAGGAGUUCUCGCUCUGUUAAAUCUGGAAUGAUGUCUGAGCUCCACGAAGCUGCAUCUUCUGUUAAAGUCUCAUUUAGCGGGAUGCUAAAUCUGUAUGUACUUCUCUCAGUCUGAUCCACACCUCCUGUUUUUUUUUUUUUGUUGUUGUUUUUUUUUUAAAUUUAUUUUCCUGUAUUGUUUUUGCACUUACAGUGAGUCGCACAAUCCACUGAAAAGUUUCUAGUCACUACCAAGGUAAACUUAGUCAUUGAUUUGUCAGCAGACUUACAGAAAAUGCUGCUGUGUAAGUCAUUCAUUUUGGUCACAAGCCACGCUUCCUGCUUCUAUUUAGUGGGUCAGGGUGAUGCAAAGUAUUCCCCCACACGUACGCAAUAUUGAUGAAGUGUAAUCAGGCUGAGUAACUGAGAAGAUUUCUGUGUGUGUGGUGUUUUAUCGUGUUGUUCUGUAGUCCUCAAACCCUGUGGAAAUACACAGUCAAACAUGCUUUCAGUGAUUUUUCUCCCAUGAAAAGUGGUAACUGUAGUGUUUUGUAAAUAAAUAUCCAGACUGACAGAACGAUGUUUGUGUAGUUCUGGGAUUAAAAAAGAAAAAUGAAGAAAUUGAGUUACAUCCACUGCCUCUGCACUCGCGCUGCACUGUGUUUAGAUGACGGUGUAGGUUAUGUUCCUAUUCAGCCCUGCCCCGACACACUGUUAAUGCCUGCAUGUCCUGGAACCGAGUCACAUCUGUUUGGCCUUUUGGGUCACAUUAAUCACUCAGUGCUGCUCUGUCUGACGGCUUGGGAACCAGUAGCAUUUACCCACAAUGCACCUGUAUAUCAAGACUGGCAAACAAAAUUGUGGGAAAUCAAAUGUUUGGAUUUCAGUCAUAGGAAUAAACACUGAGUGAUGCAGAUGAAACUGGAAGGUGUGCGUUUGUUUCUUUUUCAUUUUCUUUAGUGACAGCAGUAAGCCCAGGAACUUCAGACACAAGUCGGUCAUUUGGAGGUAAACACGUAGCUUUGUGACUUUAUUUCAAUUUAGAGUGUAAAGUGAAAGCUUUGGUGAAUGCUCAGGCACAGGCAGAAGUUUGAUCGUACAUGGAUGAUCCUUUUCUGAACAUCAACUAAAAACAGACUUCCCACAUCUGCACAGACAGAGCAGCACUGUUCCACCUGCUCCCUCUGCUGCAGCUGAGGGAAACCCCACGUUCCCCUGAAUAGAAGUGGGACUGGAGUAUCAGCGUGGUUCCCAGAGACAGGAAACAGCAGCUGUCUGUCUCUCUGUCUGACCUCUUGUCUAUCUGAUUUGGAAGCCUAGGUGGGAACUUGGAAAGGGGACUCCCCAGAUAUUGGUUUAGCCCUGCCUGUUAGAUUGCAAUAAGUGGUCAUUACAUAAAAUUUUUAUUUGAUCAAAGAGGAUCGGUUAUGACUUUUUAUCAUUUUCACCAUAUGAGUUCACCAUAUGUGCAAGUAAUGUGAGCCAAAAGCUCAGGCUUCACUUUUUUCUAUGCUCAAAAUCUUUGACGUUAAUGAGAUCAGACGUCCCUUAUGCAGUCAUUUUAGCCAUAGAGCUGUGGCUGUCGGCAUGGAAGCCAUUCAAACCUUCUGUUUGCAAGAGGCAGCCAGUCAAAAUUAAGGUGGUUUAAAAGGGAAGGAAGGGAAAUUACACUAAAACAGCCUAUUUCAUACAGUGGAUGAAUUGAAGGGCUACAAAAGGACUUGGUAUAAGAGAGACAAAUAAGAAGUCAUGCAAAGCUGCCUUGAAGAAUCCACAAAUAUAUGAAGUUGGAACUUGCAUCGUAGGCCUGU